GGAAGUUCUUCACAUGAUCUUUGAGUUAACGUUAGCAUGUAACGUAGCGUCUUGAUGGUGCUGAGUGUGUUCCCCAACAGUGACAUUGUCGCUAAAUUAAGCUAACGUUAUAUUAUUUCACAGAUAAUAUUACAACUGUGUUUUACAAGCCACCCGUCACCAAUCGUUUAAAAGAGGAACUCUAAAGCUUAGACUGUAGCUAGAUUCCAUGUAGCUAGCUAAUGGCUUCUGUGGAUAAGCUAAGUUAUCAUAAGGGGUGAAAUCUGAAAUAAUGUUGACAAGCUUAGCUAGUGUAUCAGCUAUUUUUUUCCGCAUCGGAUCACCACUGAAAACUGAUUGAUCUGUUAGUAUAAAAAAAACUAAAAAACAAUAACACUAGGUUCACUCAUAUGUCUUUGACAGCCAUGGAGUUUCUCCCAGUACUUGAACCUCUAGAUAAACCCAAAGAAGGAAUAUGGUAUUCUUUGAUACCCAGGGGCGGUGCUCCAGGAGUUAGCGUGGGUCACACCUGCACGUUCAUUCCAUCUGGAGAUGGAGGAAAAGGAAGAAUAGUUAUUGUUGGGGGAGCCAACCCCAGCGGCAGUUUCUUACAUUCGCAUAUCAUAAAUCUAGAUAAUCAUGAAUGGGACAUCCCAGACUGGGAGGGUAUGGAGCCACGGUAUGAACACUGCAGCUUUGUGCCAGAGAGCUGCCCUCAGAGCCUCUGGGUGUUUGGAGGUGCACAGCAGAGCGGCAAUCGCAAUUGUAUCCAAAAUAUACAGCUAACAGAGAGUGGGUCUCGCUGGAAGAAUGUAGUGGUGAAUGGCAAACCCCCCGGUCCAAGGACAUACCACACCAACUCAGCCUGCAUAGGGGACAAACUAUAUGUCUGUUCUGGUGGGGAAGCAGGAGCUGCACCUGUCUCAGACCCCAAACUCCAUGUCUUCGAUACAGUGUCUUCCACCUGGUCUCAACCAGAAACACAAGGCAGAAACCUGCCAGCCAGACAUGGCCACAUUGUUGUAGCAGUGGGUUCAAAGAUCUACAUUCACGGAGGCAUGGCUGGAGACAAAUUCUACAAUGAUAUGUACUCUCUUGACACAAGGAGCACAGAGUGGGAGAAAGUGCAGGCCAAAGGAGACAUCCCACCAGGAGUAGCAGCCCACUCAGCUGUGGUGCUGGGCAAGAACAUCUACAUUUUUGGGGGGAUGACUGCAGAUGGAGCUGGCAACUCCAUGUACAGAUUUGACACAAACAAAAGUAGAUGGGUCCUGGUGAAGUUCGAAGGGGAUAUGCCACCCAACCGCUUAGACCACUCCAUGUGUUUAUUGCCCUGGAAGGUGUGUGGUGAGGGGAAUGGCGAAAAGGAGGAAGCCAACAGCCCAGCACCAUCAGAGACAAUAAAUCUUGCCUUUGCAUUUGGAGGAAUGGACACCCAAGGGGUCAUUCAUAAUGACUGUAUUGUGACUGUGGUGACAUGAUACUGUAAUAUUAAUUUACCCAAUUUGUAAUAAAGUGUUUGAAGUACUUAGUAAUUG